UAGCAACUCAGCGUAGUUGUGCUUAUUAAUCGGUCAGCUUGGGGUUGUAUCUAUAUAAGAUUCAUGAUUUUCAUCGGUCUGGGGGUGUACCUUUUCACACACUUCAUCCCAUUGUCUCAGUUGAUUACUAUUUUCCCUAAGCGCAGUCUCUCUGUUACUUUCUUUUUUUCUGGCAUAGCCUCGCAAUGGAUAUUACUGGAAAUGCACUCAUCGUAGGUGCCGGCUCGGGCAUCGGCCGCGAUGUCAGCAUUGCCUAUGCGCUCGAGGGAGCACGUGCGCUGGUAUUAGCAGACAUCAAUAAGAUUGCGACAGAUGAGACGGCAAGGCUCUGCAGAGAAGCGGUAACGAAGAGGAGUGGGGACGACCUGGUAAUCCAUGUGCUCGAAGUCGACGUCUCGAACGAAGAAUCUGUGGAGACCAUGGUUCGGCAGGCCGUGGCCAAUGUGGGCCGGAUUGACUACUGCGUGGAUAGCGCUGGCCUUGGCGUUCGAAGUCCGCUGGAAAUUGCAGAAGCGUCAGGGGAGGAACUCGAUCGGUUCUGGAGCGUGAAUGUGAAAGGCACGUUUAAUUGCCUCAAAGCUGUAAGCGCGGCUAUGAAACGACAGGACGUCAUGACCGUGCCAUCGCGCACUGGGCCCCGGGAAGUUGGCAGGGGCGCUAUCAUUGCCCUUGGAUCAUGCAAUUCGUAUGUGGCUACACCGCGAAUCGUUCAAUACACCACAGCCAAGCAUGCAGUGCUUGGUAUGGUGAAAAAUGCAGGUAAGCAAAAACGAAAAAAGAACGGACCAAUUCGCAACGACACUAGCGUAAAGUUAUCGGCUAACGUUUGUCCAGCACUUGAUAACGCGCCAUACAAAAUCCGUGUUAACGCCGUAUGUCCGUCUUGGGUUGACACGCCAAUGACGGACGAAGCCAUCGAAGGCGACCCCAACCUCAAACACAUCAUUCGACGAGUGGUUCCGCUCGGUCGCAUUGCUCAUCCAGAAGAGGUCUCAGACUCUAUCAUGUUCCUGAGCAGCCCUAGAUCCAGCUAUAUGACGGGAGGUGGUCUGCUCGUUGACGGCGGCGCUACUUUACAGCUUCAAAUCUAGAGAUUGGUCGAUAGACUCUUUGAAAAUUGGGGGCCGGAUUGCUUCGGCCGGCGAAAUUGCAGCGGCUGGCCAAUUCUGCUUGAUUGGUAGGCAGUUCUAGUCACUCAGCACUUAUUUCUGUGAUGUUGAUAAUCCGAUAUUAUUAUUCAGUCAUUCCUUUCCAGCAAUGUAAUCUGUUGCUCCACUAGCUUAAGGAUUCCGCACGGGCCUUGAGGUCUUUGUUGAAUUGGUUGUAUUGGCCCACCAUCUUCUUUCCCAGUAACGAGGGGCUCAUCAUAAAUGAGAUGGCUCCGGUGAAUAACUCGGUCUGCCUGAAAGCAGUCGAUGCGCCACCAUUGGCGGGCUCGAGAUGGAAGCUAUGAAGUCCGGCAAUGAGACCGAACACGGGAGGGCCCUGCCAUUGGAACAACUUCUCGGAAUUUUCCUAGCCGUAGUUCUCAGUUUUAGCUGACGUUGGCAUCUAAGAGAAAGCGAAAGCGAGCGGGAGAUGGGAUGCCACAAGAGAGAGAGGAUCUAGACUGGACACGAGGGUGGUUGUUGUGUACCUUGAUUACUGCUGUAAACUUCAUGCCGUCCACGUCGCAUUUCACUUUGUCACCCGGUUGAAGGGACUGGAGGGUUUUGGAAUUUUCCUCGGGCUCGAGGAGUUUGAUGAGGCUCUGCCAUUCCCCGUAGGUUGAGAAGUCGAGUAGCUAUGAUGGUCAAAGCAUCAGUCGGUGCGCAGCUCCACCGGAUCGGAGAUUAAGUGGAGGAGGAUGAUCAUGCGGAUGGAGUGCACUUACCACUUCCCGCACUUUGGCUGGGGAGGCUGCAAUUUCGAUUUGUGUCUCGAUCAUCUCGUAUUGCGUGUUUGCAGAUGUCAGGAUUCUGAGAAGGAUGGAGUUGAGAUGGGAGAGGAAGAGCAAAAAAAGGCGAAGAUGGG